GGCGGAGGAAGGUGACAGCGGGGAGGGCGGGAGAGUGGGGGGAGGACGCGCGGACAGAGCCUCAGACUGUUGGGCUGACGGACGGCCCGACAGGCGGGCAUGCGGGCGGCCAGACUGUAGCCGAGCAGCGAGGCUCCGGCCGCAGCCAUGGAGCGGCGGCUGCGCGCGCUGGAGCAGCUGGCGCGGGGCGAGGCCGGCGGCUGCCCGGGGCUCGACGGCCUCCUAGAUCUGCUGCUGGCGCUGCACCACGAGCUCAGCAGCGGCCCCCUACGGCGGGAGCGCAGCGUGGCGCAGUUCCUGAGCUGGGCCAGCCCCUUCGUAUCAAAGGUGAAAGAACUGCGUCUGCAAAGAGAUGACUUUGAGAUCUUGAAGGUGAUCGGCCGAGGAGCCUUUGGGGAGGUCGCCGUGGUGAGGCAGAGGGACACUGGGCAGAUUUUUGCCAUGAAAAUGCUGCACAAGUGGGAGAUGCUGAAGAGGGCUGAGACAGCCUGUUUCCGGGAGGAGCGGGAUGUGCUCGUGAAAGGGGACAGCCGUUGGGUGACCACUCUGCACUAUGCCUUCCAAGACGAGGAGUACCUGUACCUUGUGAUGGACUACUAUGCCGGUGGGGACCUCCUGACGCUGCUGAGCCGCUUCGAGGACCGUCUCCCGCCCGAGCUGGCCCAGUUCUACCUGGCUGAGAUGGUGCUGGCCAUCCACUCGCUGCACAAGCUGGGUUAUGUCCACAGGGAUGUCAAGCCAGACAACGUCCUGCUGGAUGUGAACGGGCACAUUCGCCUGGCUGACUUCGGCUCCUGCCUGCGUCUCAACACCAACGGCAUGGUGGAUUCAUCAGUGGCAGUAGGGACGCCGGACUAUAUCUCCCCUGAGAUCCUGCAGGCCAUGGAGGAGGGCAAGGGCCACUACGGCCCACAGUGUGACUGGUGGUCGCUUGGAGUCUGCGCCUAUGAGCUGCUCUUUGGGGAGACGCCCUUCUAUGCUGAGUCCUUGGUGGAAACCUAUGGCAAGAUCAUGAACCACGAGGACCACCUGCAGUUCCCCCCGGACGUGCCUGACGUGCCAGCCAGCGCCCAAGACCUGAUCCGCCAGCUGCUGUGUCGCCAGGAAGAGCGGCUAGGCCGUGGUGGGCUGGACGACUUCCGGAACCAUCCUUUCUUCGAAGGCGUGGACUGGGAGCAGCUGGCGAGCAGCACGGCCCCCUAUAUUCCUGAGCUGCGGGGGCCCAUGGACACCUCCAACUUUGAUGUGGAUGACGACACCCUCAACCAUCCAGGGACCCUGCCACCGCCCUCCCACGGGGCCUUCUCCGGCCACCACCUGCCAUUUGUGGGCUUCACCUACACCUCAGGCAGUCACAGUCCUGAGAGCAGCUCUGAGGCCUGCGCUGCCCUGGAGCAGAAGCUCCGGUGUCUGGAGCAGGAGAAGGUGGAGCUGAGCAGGAAGCACCAAGAGGCCCUGCACGCCCCCACAGACCAUCGGGAGCUGGAGCAGCUACAGAAAGAAGUGCAGACUCUGCGGGACAGGCUGCCAGAGAUGCUGAGGGACAAGGCCUCAUUGUCCCAGACGGAUGGGCCCCCAGCUGGUAGCCCAGGUCAGGACAGUGACCUACGGCAGGAGCUUGACCGACUUCACCAGGAGCUGGCCGAGGGUCGGGCAGGGCUGCAGGCUCAGGAGCAGGAGCUCUGCAGGGCCCAGGGGCAGCAGGAGGAGCUGCUUCAGAGGCUACAGGAGGCCCAGGAGAGAGAGGCGGCUACAGCUAGCCAGACCCGGGCCCUGAGCUCCCAGCUGGAGGAAGCCCGGGAUGCCCAGAGGGAGCUGGAGGCCCAGGUGUCCUCCCUGAGCCGGCAGGUGACGCAGCUGCAGGGACAGUGGGAGCAACGCCUUGAGGAGUCUUCCCAGGCCAAGGUAGUCAAGUCCUCCCCCUUGACCAUCCACACAGCCUCUGAGACCAACGGGAUGGGAUCCCCCGAGGGUGGGCCUCUGGAGGCCCAACUGAGGAAGGAGGUGGCCGCCCUGCGAGAGCAGUUGGAGCAGGCCCACAGCCACAGGCCGAGUGGUAAGGAGGAGGCUCUGUGCCAGCUGCAGGAGGAAAACCGGAGGCUGAGCCAGGAGCAGGAGCGGCUAGAAGCAGAGCUGGCCCAGGAGCAGGAGAGCAAGCAGCGGCUGGAGGGUGAGCGGCGGGAGACGGAGAGCAACUGGGAGGCCCAGCUCGCCGACAUCCUCAGCUGGGUGAACGAUGAGAAGGUCUCAAGAGGCUACCUGCAGGCCCUGGCCACCAAGAUGGCAGAGGAGCUGGAGUCCUUGAGGAACGUAGGCACCCAGACGCUCCCUGCCCGGCCACUGGACCACCAGUGGAAGGCGCGGCGACUGCAGAAGAUGGAGGCCUCAGCCAGGCUGGAGCUGCAGUCAGCGCUGGAGGCCGAGAUCCGCGCCAAGCAGGGCCUGCAGGAGCGGCUGACGCAGGUGCAGGAGGCCCAGCUGCAGGCUGAGCGCCGUCUGCAGGAGGCCGAGAAGCAGAGCCAGGCCCUGCAACAGGAGCUCGCCAUGCUGCGGGAGGAGCUGCGGGCCCGAGGGCCAGUGGACACCAAGCCCUUAAACUCCCUGAUUCCCUUCCUGUCCUUCCGGAGCUCAGAGAAGGAUUCUGCCAAGGACCCUGGCAUCUCAGGAGAGGCCACAAGGCAUGGAGGGGAACCAGAGCUGAGGCCGGAGGGCCGACGCAGCCUGCGCAUGGGGGCUGUGUUCCCCAGAGCACCCACUUCCAACACAGCCUCUACAGAAGGUCUUCCUGCUAAGGGAUGGGGCAUGGGGCCCUGGGAGGCCUUGGAUAAUGGCUGUCCCCCUCCCCAGCCCGGCUCACACACGCUGCGCCCCCGGAGCUUCCCAUCCCCGACCAAGUGUCUCCGCUGCACCUCGCUGAUGCUGGGCCUGGGCCGCCAGGGCCUGGGUUGUGAUGCCUGCGGCUAUUUUUGUCACACAACCUGUGCCCCACAGGCCCCACCCUGCCCCGUGCCCCCUGACCUCCUCCGCACAGCCCUGGGAGUACACCCCGAAACAGGCACAGGCACUGCCUAUGAGGGCUUUCUGUCGGUGCCGCGGCCCUCAGGCGUCCGGCGGGGCUGGCAGCGCGUGUUUGCUGCCCUGAGUGACUCACGCCUGCUGCUGUUUGACGCCCCUGACCCGAGGCUCAGCCCACCCAGCGGGGCCCUCCUGCAGGUCCUAGAUCUGAGGGACCCCCAGUUCUCGGCUACCCCCGUCCUGGCCUCUGAUGUCAUCCAUGCCCAAUCCAGGGACCUGCCACGCAUCUUUAGGGUGACGACCUCCCAGCUGGCAGUGCCGCCCACCACGUGCACUGUGCUGCUGCUGGCGGAGAGCAAGGGGGAGCGGGAACGCUGGCUGCAGGUGCUGGGUGAGCUGCAGCGGCUGCUGCUGGACGCGCGGCCAAGACCCCGGCCCGUGUACACACUCAAGGAGGCCUACGACAACGGGCUGCCACUGCUGCCUCACACGCUCUGCGCUGCCAUCCUCGACCAGGAUCGACUUGCGCUUGGCACCGAGGAGGGGCUCUUUGUCAUCCAUCUGCGCAGCAACGACAUCUUCCAGGUGGGGGAGUGCCGGCGUGUGCAGCAGCUGACCUUGAGCCCCAGUGCAGGCCUGCUGGUCGUGCUGUGUGGCCGCGGCCCCAGCGUGCGUCUCUUUGCCCUGGCGGAGCUGGAGAACAUAGAGGUAGCAGGUGCCAAGAUCCCCGAGUCUCGAGGCUGCCAGGCGCUGGCAGCUGGAAGCAUCCUGCAGGCCCGCACCCCGGUGCUCUGUGUAGCCGUCAAGCGCCAGGUGCUCUGCUACCAGCUGGGCCCGGGCCCUGGGCCCUGGCAGCGCCGCAUCCGUGAGCUGCAGGCACCCGCCACUGUGCAGAGCCUGGGGCUGCUGGGCGACCGGCUAUGUGUGGGCGCCGCCGGUGGCUUUGCACUCUACCCGCUGCUCAACGAGGCUGCGCCGUUGGCGCUGGGGGCCGGUUUGGUGCCUGAGGAGCUGCCACCAUCCCGUGGGGGCCUGGGUGAGGCACUGGGUGCCAUGGAGCUUAGCCUCAGCGAGUUCCUGCUACUCUUCACCACUGCUGGCAUCUAUGUGGAUGGUGCAGGCCGCAAGUCUCGUGGCCACGAGCUGUUGUGGCCAGCAGCGCCCAUGGGCUGGGGGUAUGCGGCCCCCUACCUGACAGUGUUCAGCGAGAACUCCAUCGAUGUGUUUGACGUGAGGAGGGCAGAAUGGGUGCAGACCGUGCCGCUCAAGAAGGUGCGGCCCCUCAAUCCAGAGGGCUCCCUGUUCCUCUACGGCACCGAGAAGGUCCGCCUGACCUACCUCAGGAACCAGCUGGCAGAGAAGGACGAGUUCGACAUCCCGGACCUCACCGACAACAGCCGGCGCCAGCUGUUCCGCACCAAGAGCAAGCGCCGCUUCUUUUUCCGCGUGUCGGAGGAGCAGCAGAAGCAGCAGCGCAGGGAGAUGCUGAAGGACCCUUUUGUGCGCUCCAAGCUCAUCUCGCCGCCUACCAACUUCAACCACCUAGUACACGUGGGCCCUGCCAACGGGCGGCCAGGCGCCAGGGACAAGUCCCCGGCUCCCGAAGAGAAGGGCCGAAUUGCCCGCGGCUCCGGCCCACAGCGGCCCCACAGCUUCUCCGAGGCGUUGCGGCGCCCAGCCUCCAUGGGCAGCGAAGGCCUCGGUGGAGACGCAGACCCCAUGAAGAGGAAACCCUGGACAUCCCUGUCCAGCGAGUCUGUGUCCUGCCCCCAGGGAUCGCUGAGCCCUGCAACCUCCCUAAUGCAGGUCUCAGAACGGCCCCGAAGCCUCCCCCUAUCCCCUGAAUUGGAGAGCUCUCCUUGAUGCCCUCUGUUAGGGCCCACCCCAAUCCCAGGGCAGAAGGACAUGAGGGAGCAAAGAGCUUGAGGAAUGCCAUACUCCGGCUGGUCCGGGACAUGGAAAUUCGGACUCAGGGAGGACCCGGGCUGGGCAAUGACUGGGAGACUUGCCUGGGUUCCCAGGACUUGGGGGUCCUGACUCCCAGCCCUCAUCCUGCCUUACUCCUCUGUUCCCAGCCCCAGCCUUUCUAAGCCAUUGGGAAUAGAAUGGCCCCUUUUGUUCUGGUGUCCAGGGGUGAUUGUGCCAAAGCUCUUAUUUCCAGUGCCAAGCCCCCAGAGGCUUGUAAGAGUUGGGAUGAGGGAUGGAGAGGGACUGGGUCUCUGGGAACAGGUUGGAGGUCUUAUCUGUGGACUGUCUGACUCCCAGCUGAGGCCAAGAUGGGGCAUUUCCCGGUCUCUGCUUAGCAUCUGGGUGAGAAAAACAGGCUGUGAUCCAGAGGAAGGGAAGAUAGACAAGGAGGGAAAGGAUGUAGGUGAAGGAGGUGAGAGACAGGAUAGGAGGAAGGAAGUGGAGGAGGAGGUGAUAGGAAUUGGAAGGAGGUAGAAGCCGUGCAGAGGAAGAGGGGAGAGGGACGAAGGAGGAGCGAUGAAGAAGAGGAGGGAGACAAAAAGAGGGAUGGAGGAGAGAGGGAGUCUGGAGAGCAAAGGGUCCUUUCUCUGGGGAGGGGUGCGGUGGGCGGGGCUGACACUGUCAGCCAAUCCUCCCAUGGGGGAAGAGAAUCCUGGACAGGGACAGGAUGGGGAGGGUAUUUAUAAGGGCUUUUUGGUGGGAGAUGGGUACCCAGUGGGGGCCACUGGAGGGUCUCCAGGCACACUCUGGCCCUUCCCAGAAAGGGGGUCGUUUUUCUCGAAUCUUCAACGAGUUGUGUAUUAGGGGAAACUAGGGUGCAUUUUACUAUUGAUCACAGUCAUUAUAUUGUUAUUAUAUUACUAUUUUUAUUAAACCUCCCCCCACUGAAGUGUGGGGGGCAAAAUAAGUAUUUAUUUCCUCAAAUGCCACAUUCCCAGGAGGGACAGACCCUGAUGCUCUGUGAGGCAGCAAGAAACCAAUAAAGAUGCCGGGCGCGGUGGCUCACGCCUGUAAUCCCAGCACUUUGGGAGGCCGAGGUGGGCAGAUCCCGAGGUCAGGAGAUCGAGACCAUCCUGGCUAACACGGUGAAACCCCAUCUCUACUAAAAAUACAAAAAAUUAGCCGGGCGUGGUGACGGGUGCCUGUAGUCCCUGUAGUCCCUGCUACUCGGGAGGCUGAGGCAGGAGAAUGGCGUAAACCCGGGAGGCGGAGCUUGCAGUGAGCCAAGAUCGCGCCACUGCACUCCAGCCUGGGCGACAGAGCGAGACUCCGUCUCAAAAAAAAAAAAAAAAAAAAAAUGAACUCCAUAUACUCUUCCCCUAGAUCCACCAAUAAACAUUUUGCUGCUUCUGCUUCCUA